AUGACGAUUAUUGCUCGACUAAAUGCCAAAAAAUUAGAGUUGGAAAAUAGGUUAACCGGACAAAGUAAUUGGGGAAGUCAAGGAAAAGAAAUAUUGCAAUAUAAAAUUGAGAAAUUAAAUGAAUUAAUUACCGCUUACGGUUCAACCACUUUGCCAGUGUCUUUGACAAAUGCUCGACAAAUACUUGACCAGCAAGUAGGAUUUGAAGAGCAAAAGAAAAAAGGUCUUGGAAAGUCUGGAGUCGGACCAGCCGGAAUUGGUAAAAGCAGUUUUGCUCAAAUCUUGGCUCAGGCUUUAGGAAAAAGUUUUUUUAAUGUCUCAUUAGGCGGAUUAUCAGAGCCUUCGGUUCUUAUCGGAAGUGAAGCCAGUUCACCAGCAAACAAUAUGGGGCAAUUAGCCCGAGCCUUGGUCGAAAGCAAAACCCCCAACCCCUUAAUUUUGUUGGACGAAAUCGAUAAAACCGGUUCUUCUUUUAAAACUGCUAUUCACAAUUGCCUAUUGAAUAUUUUGGACCCGGUCCAGAACCAAGAAAUUUUGGAUUAUUACUUAGAGCAAAAAAAAGAAAUCGCUCAGAAAAUUAUUGAAAAAUGGUUUGCGGAAAACGGAACUCUUAACCGAAAUAAUUUUGAGAUUACUCCCGCUGCCUUAGAAACCAUAAUUAAUAAAACUCAAGAAAAAGGCGUCCGCCAAUUAAAAAUGGCACUCAAUAGUAUUUUUGACUAUUGUCUUUUACAAUGGGCGAGAGAAGCAAGGUCAGCUGGGACAGAAAGCAAAAUAAAUAUUGAUUCUGAUUUAGUAAACGAAAUUAUCCCUCAUGAUUUUCCUAAUAUUGACCAAGGGGACGACCCAGACCAAGAAAACGAUAAAGAGCAAUUAAAAAAUCUCCGCAAAGAAUUAAAAGCACUUGGCGGAGAAAAAGAUAAGCAAUUAAAAGCAAUUAAAUUAUAUGGUUUGUAUAUAUUGCGGCAAAAUAAAGAGAGAUUUGACGCUGUAGAGCAAAAAAAAUAUGAGGAAAGAAUAAGGGCGGCUACUUCGUGGGAAGAAAUUGAAAUUAUUAAACAAAUAAGUAAAUUAAAGGAAGGUCGGGAUUCUGAAACUCAAAAGCGAAAUAAGAAAGAAAAAAACUUACCAGAACCCAAGAAAUUUAACUGA